AUGAGUGAGGAGCACCCUGAACAAUCUUUAAAAGUGCAGUUUAGAGAGGAAGAUGGAGAGUUAAUUUUAUCAGACAAUGAAAAUCAAGAUGAAAAACCAGGCGAAAGCCCUGAUAGGUCAAAUUCCCGCAAAAGCCGCCGCAAGCAAACAUUCGAAAGACGCAAUAUCAAGAAAGUUCGGGAAGAUGGCCUUAGCGAAGAAGCCAAGGCGGCUCAAAAAGCAGAAAUGGAAAGGAGACAGCGUCUUUUUAGUAAAGAUAAAGGGGAGCAAGUGAAGUUUUCUAACAUAGACUUCUUAUUAAAUGAUUCUUCAUCGUCACCCGAUUUUCUAAAGUGUUCUGAUGCCAACUUUCAAUCUGAGUUGCAAGAAACUGGUUCAUUUGUAAAAAAAGAGGGAAAGUAUGACUCGGAUGCAGAAGAAUGUAACUCCGUUGAUAGUCAGCGCAGUUCAUUUGAAACAGUUGAAAAAGGUGCUAAACAAACCGUCUCAAACUCGCUUACGAAUGGAGGCAAACAGUCACCUGGCAACGAAUUAGAUCAAAAAAGAGCUGUUAGUUCUGCCUCUGCUGCACUGUUUGGUUCCACAUGGAGUGAUUUGCAAUCUUUUCGCAUGGGCCAGUCACAAGACGAUCCUAUUUUACUUGGUGAUUCUGAUGAUGACCAGCAUGCGGAUUCUGGUAUCAUUGAAGUUAGUGAUGGUGAAGAUGAACCAGAAAUAGAAGUUGAAGCUGAAAUUUGCGAGAUACAAGAUGCGGAAAACUUAGCCGAUAUUGAUGGCAAAAUCAUUAUUAAUACAUCUCGUGAUCAAGAUGAAGAACCAGAAAUUGUUUUAUGCCCUCAAAUGGCUAGGGUUAUUAAACCGCAUCAAGUUAGCGGCAUACGUUUUUUAUAUGAUAAUGUUGUUGAAAGUGUAAAACGAUUUCAUACAACAGAUGGAUUCGGUUGCAUUUUAGCGCAUAGUAUGGGAUUGGGUAAAACUAUACAGAUUAUCGGAUUUCUUGAUAUUUUAUUCCGUUUUUGCCAAGCACAAAGAGUUCUUGUAAUCGUCCCAAUUAACACUAUACAGAAUUGGCAAGCAGAAUUUGAGCUCUGGUUACCAACUGAUUUAUCAAGCUGCGCAGCAAAUAAAAAGUCCAAAUUUUUCCAACGUUUCUCCAUUCCUAAACCCACUACAGAAUCAAAACAACAUCCUUCUUUCUCAGAUCGCGCAGAUUCUUCUGCCGAUCCGAAUGUCUCGCUGGGUGAUUCAAAAGAAACUGACGCCAACAUGGAUGAUCAAAUGCUAUGGUCUUCUAUGUUUGAAAAUGACAAGAGCGAGUCUCAGUCGAAAGUGCAAGAUGUUUCCCAUAAUGAAAGCUUUUAUGGCGAACCGAAUGAUUCAGAAUAUUCUUUUGUUAAUAGUGGUAGUUGCCUUCGACCAUUUAAAUUAUUCGUAGUGCGGGAUACUGUAAAAACGAUGAGUCAGCGUCACCAGAUCAUUCAACAAUGGUUUGAAGAAGGUGGUGUUUUGUUAUUAGGUUACGAAAUGUUCCGGCUACUUUUAAAUCAAAAGCGUUUGAACCCUCCUCCAUUAUAUACAACGAAAGUUGAUGUACGAAUACCUAAACGUCGGAAAAAGGAUAUUUGUAUUGAUAUUGAUAAAGAGGAAAAACGAGAAAAGAUGUGGGCAGAUUUCCAUACAGCGCUUUUGGAUCCUGGCCUCAGCUUUGAGGCGUCAAUUUCUAAAGCUUUGAAAGCUAUUAAAACACAUCGACGUGUUGUACUCACUGGUUAUCCACUUCAAAAUAAUCUUAUGGAAUAUUGGUGUAUGGUUGAUUUCGUCCGACCUAAUUAUUUAGGAACAAAACAAGAGUUCACUAAUAUGUUUCAAAGACCAAUUGAAAAUGGCCAGUGUAUAGAUAGUACACCUGAAGAUCGUAAAGUAAUGCAAGGCCGAGCACAUGUUCUGCAUGACUUGUUAUCUGGUUUUGUUCAACGGCGUUCACAUGCUGUUCUCAAGGCUAGUCUCCCACCGAAAACCGAAAUUGUUCUACUAAUCAAACUGUCAUCCUUGCAACGAACACUUUAUGCAGCAUUUAUGCGAAGUCUGGGCUCCAGUGGUCCACUUGGUUGGGCUCAAGUGAAUACGUUGAAAACAUAUGCAAUGUGUUGUAAAAUAUGGAAUCAUCCUGAUAUAUUACGUCGUGCGAUGGAAGAACAUAAGGAGGCUAUGGAUUUUGAUAUAGAAGAGACAACAGCAAAUAAUAAUUCGAAUACAACAAUGUCUUCCACAAGUCGACCACCUUACCAACGAUCAAAUAGCACCAUUUCAACUAAUCAAAAUGAAUCACAACAAUCAUGGGUUAGCGGCGGGGAUUCCACUUCUAUUUCUUCAGAUUUAACCUCUGGUCAAUUAUCUGCAUCAACAAUUAAUAAUUCUACAUAUUCUGGGACUGAUUCUUCUAUGCCACCAUCUUUUAUGGCUCCGAAUCCUAUGUUCCCUGCUUCUAUGGUCGGUGGCGGAACUCCUUCCAACACUGGACAAUCUAAUACCGCACCUAACUCAGGCUAUUUUUACACUCACAACUAUACACAUCAAUCAAAUGUUGGCACAUAUGACUGGGCUGGUGAUCAAGAGUUAUGGGGUGAUGAUUUUAAAACUGGUAAUAUAGAGCAUAGUGGCAAAGUUCUACUGUUCUUAGACAUAUUGAAAGGAAGUGUUUUAGCCGGUGAUAAAUUAUUAGUUUUUACACAGAGUUUGUACACAUUAGAUUUGUUAGAGCGCAUAUUGCGCCAUUUGCCAUUACCGAUUAUCGGUGUUGAUAAGUCAGAAACAGUUCCAGCAAAAUCAUCGGAAAUUCCAUUAGAAGACAUUGGCAAAUCCGAAAUCUCAUCUUACAAUCCCUCAACAACGAUACACAAGAAUAAUGAACAGAAUCAAGAUGAUCAUAAAUGCAGUGAGUCAAUGUUUGGUUACGAUGGAGUUGAUCACUUUCAAUCGAAUCAACCUAAUGAGACGAUGAAACAAGAAGGGCAGGAAAAUAGUAAAGAAGAGAUCAAGAACAAGAUGGAAACAGAAGAAGAGGAAGAAGAAACUCCGAAAUCUUUACACUAUAGGCUGUCGACACGUCGAGGUUGUAUGGAUGAACCGACUGUGUGGACUCGCAAUGUCCAUUAUUUCCGUCUAGAUGGUAGUACAAAUGCAAGUGAACGUGAGAAAUUAAUCAAUAAUUUUAAUGAUCCUAAAAAUCCAGCAAAACUGUUUCUUAUGUCAACUAGAGCUGGUUGUCUAGGUGUUAAUUUGAUUGGAGCGAAUCGUGUUGUUGUAUUUGAUGCUUCAUGGAACCCAUGUCAUGAUUGUCAAGCAGUUUGUCGUGUUUAUCGAUAUGGUCAAGUAAAACCGUGUUAUAUUUAUCGACUUGUUUCAGAUAAUACUAUGGAGAAGAAAAUAUACGAUCGACAAGUAACUAAACAAGGCAUGUCAGAUCGUGUUGUCGAUGAAUUAAAUCCAACACAACAGUUUACUCGUUCACAAGUGGAGUUAUUAAUGUCAUUUGAGGAUAAAGAUAUGGAGACUAUCACAGAUGAUGAUUUAGAAACUUGUAAAGAUAUCAUCCAACCAGAUCCAAUACUUGCAGAUGUUUUAAAAAAGCACACUCGAUGGAUUACAAAACGACCAUUCACCCAUGAAUCAUUAUUAAUUGAUCGGAAAGAUUAUCGUUUGACACGCGUUGAAAAGCGUAUGGCUCGUCAACGUUAUGAACAAGAGAAACGUUUAAGUUUAAGCUAUCAACAAGCCCAUUUAUUUCAGUUACAGCAAAUGCAAAUUUUACAACAACAACAACUUUUAGCCGCUGGAAUUAAUCCUGCUUUGGUGGAUUCAUCUCGCUUCUACAAUUCCCGAACUCCUAACAUCCUCUCCCGAAAUACCAUUAACUAUCGACCAACUUAUACAAGUGGAAUGGCAGCUCUAGAUGCGAUGCGUCAGGUUGAUCGACAAGCACGUCUACGAAUGUUACAAAAAGACUUAGAUGAAGCACGUCGGCGUUGUGGGUACGCAAAACCUGAUGGUCUAAGUAAAAUAAUUGAAUCUCCUGAUUGUAAAGUGACAAGGAUUGUAGCUAAUACUGAUUUAUUUUUCCCAUCCACAACAAACGCAACGACUACACAACGUAAAAUUCCUAAAGGUGAAGUACUCGAGGUGAUACAAACUCCAAAAGCAAAAUAUUUACGUAUUAGUCGAACUGGUGAUUUGUUUAUUGUAAAAACCAGUGGAACAACAAAUAAUGGACAAGAAAGUAAUACUGCUACCACUACUAUUGACAAACAAAUAACGUCCAGUGAUACAGUGAAUUCAAAUACUACUUGUCGAAACUCUUCUAAUAAUUUACGAUCCACAGUCGCUACUGCUACCACUACUUCUAUUACUACUACUACUACUGGUUCAGCAGAUAAUUCUGAUAUUACACUUCCUGACACACUUCAGAAGUCAUCUUAUUCAACAAAUAAUUCUGAUUCUAAUAUCUCCAAAUACAAUAAUUUGAAUAAUAAAUCAGAAAAUAAUGUUCCUAAUUCGUCUGUGACUUAUUCUAACAAUCAACCUUUUAAUUAUUCUCAGUCAUAUAAUCAGUCUAAUACAAAUACUUUUCAACCAUCUACCAGUGUAGCUAAUUCAGCUUCAGAUAGUGGUAGGUUAGGUUAUUCCAAAGAUUCACAUUUCUUACAAUCUAAUGUUUCUCCAAAACGUGCUCAUUCAUCCAAUGAAACGUUUACUUUUGAUCCGGGCACCAAAGACUCCCGACAAUCCUACGAUGCAGAAUCGUCUAAUUACCAACAUCGAAUGUUGAACCGGCGUGAUACUACUACUACUAGUAAUAGUAGUAGUAGCGCUAAAGAAGACCACAAUAACACAAGUAUAACCUAUCCUAAUCAAACAUUUUCUUCUCAGGAUCCUUUCCGAGCUCAUGUGCAGCGUACACAACAGGUUGAAUUGUCUUGGCCGUGCUUAACAUGCGGACGUACUAUUGCCACAGGUUGUACUUGUCGUUUAAAUUCAUCGAAUAUAAACACUUCAGUAAGAACUACUAUUUCUAGUUCACCGACAACUAGUGAUCCGAAUGUGCAAUCUUCCAGAUUUAGACCUUUUACUAACUGUACUACUCCUUCAGAAUCAUUUCAAUCCGAUCAUGUUAAUAAUAAAAAGAAUUUUCCAUCAGCUGUUAAUUAUCAAACAUCUGUUAGUGUACCGUACUACCAGACACAAAAUGUUCCUUCCUCCUCAGCACCGUCCUCAUCCGCUUUAUCAUCUGCUCAUCGUCAAUUACAACAACAACAUCAGUAUUUACGUACUGCUGAAGAUGUUGCACGACAAUCGGCCCUGUCUGCUACAGUUUCUAACAACACUAAUCCUAGUAAUUCUUCAUACCAAUCCACUUAUCAAAACCCGACACGAAUUAACAAUAUCAAUAAUGACAGUAAUACUACUAGUGCUACUAAUAACAAUCAUGCCCAACAUCUUAAUUUAUCAUCUGGUCAUCAUCAGGUGAAUACUUUACAAAGUCAUGUAUCUAUGAUGCAGGAUUAUUUUACACAAUUAACAAAUCAACGUCCACAAUUAUCAUCUCCAUCAUGUUCAUUAGAUUUACAACGAGCAGGGUUUGGUGGUGAACAAACUCCAUCUCAUGCUGUCGCUGCAGCAAUGCAACAAUAUUUAGCUCAAAACAGUCAAAAUCAUAUGAAUAUCAUCAAACAGAAUAAUAAUAACAGUAAUUCUGCACAUAAUCAUCAAACUAGUCCAGAAAGAAAUCUAUCCAAUUUAAGAACAUCGUUUGAUCCAACUGUACAUUAUCAACAAUUUCAAUUGGCUGCUGUUGCUAAAGAACAACAACAACAUCAACCUCAUCAACAACAAUUGUUGUUACAACAACGUCAACAACAACAGCAAAAUAUUGGUUUUGUUGAACGUAGUCAAUCAUCACAUCAUCAUACAUUACCAGGCUCGACUGUUGCUUCUGUAUCUUCGUCUCCUGUUGCCGCUGCCGCUGCUUCUUCUUCAAUGUUUAAUCAUUUACAUUCACAAGCGUUUCCUAAUUUUCAUUUUCCACAGUUUUAAUUGGAUCAUCAUAAUUUAUGAUGUAAUUCUUGGGGUUUUUAUAUGGGGGAGGGACAUGAGGAAGGAUUCAAUAUUUUAAUGUUAUUUCAAUUAGUAGUUCGCCCAUUUACUCAAUGUGUGUGUGUGUUUGUCAUAUGCACAACUGAGAAUAUUCUUUUUACUCGUUUUCCUGUACUUAACUAGACACACUUGUGAAGAAAAAUAUGUUUUAUUGUUGUAAACAAAACGUAACGGUGUUAUUAAUUCCUAAAGCACUCAACCCUCCCCCCUUACCAUUUCAUAGGAUUCUUUUUUAUACAUAAAUUUCACAUUGUUAAACUAUCUUGAUGAAUAGUAAGUAUUAUGAAAAUGAAAUAGUAAUGGCAAGAUCAUUACAAAAAAAAGAGGAGACUAUUUUGAAUCAUUAUUUGUAAAGUUAUAUUCUCUUGUGUAUAUUUAACACUUUUAAUAGUUGAUUUUUCCAAUCUCAUAAUGUACAUACUGUCACUAAUACUACUAUUCCUACUACUUCGAUGUAUUAUUCAAUUUAUUUUAAAACAUUAUCUUUUCAGUGUUCAGAGAUUAUUCUAAAUAGACAUGCAUAUAUAUGAUAUAUAUAUUGUAUUAUAAAUUGCAUGCAUAAUAAUUUUCCUAAUAUUGUUUUGUUCGUGAACAUUGUCAUGGUUUAAACGUUCACUUUCGCAUAUAUAUGAAUCAUUGUACUUUGUCACAAUUUGAUUGAUUUAUUUUUCCCCUUAUUCAUCGUUAACAAUUGUUUCACUCUAAUGAUAUAUAUAUAUUUGUGUGUGUGUGUGUGUGUCAACCGGUUGUUGAUAUGUGCUACAAUACAUCAGUUUAGAGUAUUGUCCAUUUAUCAUUAAUACUUAAAAUAAUAACAAUAAUCAUUUUCUCCCAUAUCAGUUUCGUUUGAAAGUGUUUCAAAUGUUUCAGCCAAUUAUGUGUGUACAUCAUCAGUAUCAUUACCAUUGUUAUUACUAUGACUAUUGCCAUUACAUUUGAACAGCAUAAAUAAAUAUUUAUUUCUUAAUUUAUUUACUUCAUUCAUAGUAAAUAUUGUCUAUAUUACAUUUAUUUAUAUUCAUAUGACAACAAAUUGUUUUGAUAAUUAGGAAGGUUAAUUAUAAAUUGUUCAAUACUAACAUUGUUACUUUUAAUUCUUAUUAUUAACAACAAUAAUUAUAU